AUGUGUUUCCAGUUUACCGCUGAGGAAAUCAGACAGAGAAAGUUUACCAAGAGAGGAUUAAGUCUUAAUGUCCUUCUAGUGGGAGAGAAUGGAACUGGAAAGAAAACAUUUAUAAAUACGCUUUCAAACAGGAACUACUUCAACACAAUUUCAGAAACCGUUGAUCAUUCUGGGAAUGGUGGCAAGCUUGAAAUAUCAGAACAUACAAUUAUUAUUGAUCCAAACGCAAUUCCAAUUAAAUUGAAUGUGUUUAUUACUGAAAAUUUUGGAUUCAAUUUAGAAAAUUCAAGUAACGCAACUACUUUGAUUAAAUAUAUCGAAAAUGAAUAUGAUAGAAUUCUUAAACACGAACGGUUGAUUGAAAGAACUCAUAAUCCAAUUGAUAAGAGAAUUCAUGUUGCUCUUUAUUUUAUUAUUCCUACUGGUAAAGGAUUGAAUGAUUUCGAUAUUGAAAAUAUGAAAAAACUUGGCCAAAGAGUUAAUUUGAUUCCUGUUAUUAGUAAAUCUGAUGGUUUAACAGAGGAAGAACUUAGAUUAAACAAAGAUUUGAUUAAUAAAGCAAUUUUUGAAAACAAUAUUGAAGUGUUUAAUUUCACAAAUGAUGAAGAAGAUUCAUUCCCAGGUGAAGAGGAUGAAUCGGAAGAUAACAUAUUUAUGAAAACAUUGCAGGAAAAAAUUCCCUUUGCUGUUAUUGGAGCAAAUUCUGUUACAGAUGAAGGUCAUCAAGUAAGAACUAAUUCUUUUGCAGUAAUUGAUGUUAAUGAUGAAACAAAUUGUGAUUAUAAGCUUUUGAGAAAUGUUUUACUUGGUUCCCAUAUUGAAGAAUUUAAAGAUACCACUAACAAUGGGAAGUACGAAGAUUAUAGGGUUCAAUCUUUAACUUUUAAUCCCAAUGAAAUUAACAAACUUCCUCAACUUAAGAUUUAUAAUGCUUUAAGAGAAGAAGAACGUCGUAACUUUCUGAAUAUCUUAUGA